AAUAGACACAUUUGUUGAUAGCCAUUAACAGGGGAAAUGGAUCAAUGGAAAGGAAAGGUUGCUAUAGUGACAGGGGCCAGUGCAGGUAUAGGGGCUGCUAUAGCUCAGGCUCUGGUCCAUCAUGGGAUGGUUGUGGUAGGGCUGGCCAGGAGACAGGAGAAGAUGCAGGAAUUAGCCAAAAAACUAUCCGAAGCUAAGGAACCAGGGAAGCUGCAUGCUGUUAAAUGUGAUCUCACGAAGGAAGAAGAUAUUCUCGCCGCUUUCCAGUGGACGGAUAAGGAACUGGGUGGCGCUGACGUUCUUGUAAACAACGCUGGCUUGGCAGUAUUAGGCCAUUUACAAGACGGAAAUACAAAAGAUUGGAGCAACAUGCUCAACCUCAACAUACUUGCCCUCUGUAUAUCGACCAGGGAGUACCUCGAGUCAAUGGAGAGACGGAAGAAUCAACAUGGACAUAUCAUUAACAUUAACAGUGUUGCAGGCCACAUAAUAUUCAGUUCUAGAGGUGGAGUGUAUGCGGGCACAAAACACGCUGUCAAAGCCAUCACCCAGAGUCUUAGGAGAGAGCUGGUCGACAAAAACAGUAAAAUAAAAGUCACCAGUAUCAGUCCUGGGAUAACAAGGACAGAGAUGACGGGGUCAAACUUGGAUCUGCUUCAAGGCAAUGGAUCCUUGGAUCCUUCCUUCCUGGCUAAGGCUGUUGUUGACACUCUCGGCACGUCCGAGGAGACUCAGGUUUGUGAAAUGAUUAUCAACGCCAUGCCCAGCAAGUUUGUGGUCUACUGAGGAGAAAGAACUUGUUAAACUACUCGAGCCAAUAUUAAACAAAGAGCUGAUAAGCUACAUACUGUAGGAAAUCCAAAUAAAACAGUUUUGGAAAUA